AUGGUUGCAUGGGCUCUGCGCUUUUACUUGGUCGAGGACCGCUCCUGCCUGUCUGUGUCUGGUAACUUGAGCCCAGAAUUUACCGGAGCAUUGAGGCUCCAGAUCCCCCAUCGACUUCUCUUUCGAAGAUUGGUAGAAAAGGCUUUUGAGAUGGAUACCCGCACCAAGCGGCCUCUCACUGUCGAAGCUGUACAAUGGCAGUCCACCGUUCAUUCUGCAGGCCUUAGACGAUAUAAUUAUGUCCUGUCUACGGGAAAAAUAGAGGUGUCGAUUUCAGCACUCGUCUCUCAUGCAUCUAUGAAAGAUACCGAUGGAAUCCGAUUCGAGAACCCUGCUGAUGGCCAAAAUGACCAUCCCAAACCACUGGCUCAGGGCGGGCUACCACCAGAGGAAAAACUCAUCAUUUUCAUGGUUUUGAUGAGCACUCUCGACUUGGCGAAAGAAUAUCUAGACCGUGUCGCACGCUCUAGAGGCUACGUCUCAGAUACUCAACUUGCCGAUGUGGCUACAGCAUCGUCACAAACACUCAGGGAUUCCUUCCCACUUCAUAAGGGUGCCGAGUCAGUCGCGGCACUGCACCUAUGA